CUGAGUUUAAGUGAGAAAAAAAAACAUGAAAUUAAUGUAAUGGAAACUUUGUCAUGGAUGACCAAUUUGUCAUGGAUGACGAAGUCAAUGCGAAGAGGAUAAAACUUGAGUUAAACGUUCAUGGUGGAAGUCACUCAGGUGAAAAUGACCAUAUUGACAACUAUCCAGAACUUGAAAACCGCAUCAUUGCCUACUUGGCUUACCAACUGUCCCUAAAUGAAAGAGAACGGGGUUUUUUCUUGAGUCAACUUUGCGAAAGCAAACAUGAAGAAGCCUUUUGUGAGCACAUUAAAGAAUCUCGGUAUGCUGUAUUAGAUUUUAUUAGUGAUUUGUAUUCAAGAAAGGGCUGUGCCGAUCUGUGUGGAAAAGUGAAUGAAACCUUGAAGAGCUGUGGUUGGCUUGGUUUAAUAAUCGAAGCAGAACGUAUUCAGGAAAUGAAGGACAUUCUUUGUAAAGAAGAAUCAUACAAGGAAACACCGCAAGAAGGAAAGAUUUUUCAGACGGUAUCCAAUCGUUUGGAGGACAAAUGGAGAAUAAUUGCUCAUUUUUUAGUAGAAUAUUCCGUCGUUAAAAAGAUUGAGAACGAAGAGCCUAGAUCAAAGUUACAGCGGGUAUUCAAAGAAUGGACACAAGUCACUCCCAAAGAAAUUCACAGAUGGAAUCGACUUAAAAACGUUUUAAAUGUUUUGGAGGAGAAAGUUGAAAUGGAGAAAAUUGAAAUGGAAUUUGGUUUGGGUAAUGACAAUAAGAAGAAGUUAGAUAGUAUAUCCCAUAUCGAAGCAACUGCUUCCGGUGAUCUUUUAAAGCUUAGACAUGACUUAGCUAACCAUUAUAUUAAGCUCUUUAAACAUUGGGAAAUCGCUGAAAGGAUUGGUUCGCGUCAUGAGAAAAGUUUUGACAGGUUAGGAUUUACAAUCAGUCUGUCUGUAUGCUCUUCCGAAGAUUUCCGAGGAAGAUUACGAAAGAGAGAGAAGAAUGGGGAACAGAACGCUUACCCAUCCGCUAGUAUGUUUAAACGUUCAAUCAAAGGAAAUUCGCUUUUUGACAAUCCAGACAAAAGCUACUUCUUGUUGAGUGGUACAGGUGGAUGUGGAAAGACAACGUUUGCUUUGUACUGUGCUUUGUCGUGGAGUGAGAAAAAGUUGUGGUGGGAUAAACAGACAAUCCCUUAUUUUGAUUUUGUGUUGUUGAUUAAAUGUAGAGAAUUAUAUGAUUCUAGAGUAAGUGAUAUUGAAGCACUUUUGAGAAGCAGAUUCCCGUGCGAGUUUGACGGUAUUGAUUUCGUUGCAUUUAAAGAAAAAAGAAUUUUGUUGAUUUUGGAUGGGAUUGACGAAGCUAUUUGUUUUAGUGAUAUUUUAGUGGAAAGUUGCAAAAAUUCACUUGGUAGAACUUUGCGCAACUUUCUACUGAAAAAUUGGGGACGAAACGUUAAGACCUUAGUUACAGCUAGACCACAAGCUUGCUCUCAACUAUUUCAGCUCUUAAAGUCUAAUAACGUGUCAAAAGAAGACAUUGAGUGUGUGGAGGUGUUAGGCCUUAAUGAAGACGACAUCGCUGAAUAUAUUGGCAACAUUUACAAUGAUGAACCACUGAAAAGAGAAAACAUUCAAAAUAUGAUUCAGGAAUCAACACACUUGCGAAAUAUGGUUACCCUCCCAAUUAAUUUAGCGAUAUUGUGCCUCAUUUGCGAUAGUGAUGAGGUAUCUCGCAUUCACUCAAGUGGAGAAUUAUUGUGCUGGGGCUUAUGCUGUUAUUUAAAGAACCAUUUUCGUAUUGAAACCAACAACGCCCAAAAGUGGAUUGUAAAUAUCUUAAAAUCCGAUGAGGUACGCUCGGUAUUGAAUGAUGUUUUCACUGUUGCCUAUAAAGCCUUAGAACAAGGUAAAGUGUGUCUGGAACAACCUGCUACUAAAGAUAUUUUAACAACAUUAGAAAAAUGUGGUCUAGUUUCUUUUUUCAAGAACGCUGAAAUGUCUCAUUCUUACGAGUUCCGACAUUUAAGCUAUCAAGAAUUCUGUGCUGCUGUUCAUAUUAUAAAACAUAAUAUUGAACGGUUCAAAGUAUUCGAAAAUCCUCACUUAUGUGGUUGCAUAGGUUUGUUAAGCUUUUUAGAAGGUGCAAUUUUGCGCAAAAACAAGCAUGCAGCAGCAACACCAGAACGAGCCGAUAUUGUGGAGAUUUUUGUGAAUUCGUUUGAUUUAGGCUUGAAAGUACCAUCAAUUGAAUGUACCAUUCUUGGAUACAUGUGUAAGAAAUGGUUGGUUUCGAAUAGCAUCAUGAUACGCAGUGUAGAGCUCAACAUAGCAGAAAAACAGAAAUACGAGGCUUUCUUUCGUAGUCUGCUUCUAUGUGCUUAUGAAUUUAGCAUUUCUGAGAUAAACUUUCUUGAUAGUUUACAACGACAAACCAUCAAAAUUAAUUUCACUUUCAGUCAUAUGGAACUAAUUUACCUAACUUCGCUUUUAAAUUCGUUUCUAUCAGCGAAUUGGCCUGUUGAAGAGGUCAGAAUAAAAACUCAAGACAGUAAAAUCAGUGAAGAGGAGCUUGGGAAUGUAGCGGAAUAUUUGAACAAGGUCGAUCAUGUUUGGUUAGAAAACUUUAAAAACCUACGACCUGAUGUUUUACGACGCCUUAAUACUGGUUUUACUAGUAGUACAGCAAAACUGAAAGGUCUGUUUUUGAUUAAUUGUAAUAUUGGAGUGAAGCACUUAAAGUUUAUGGCUAGUCGUCUUCAAGAGUUAACGCAUCUUGAUUUAUCCCGAAACGGAAAGAUCGGCAUUACUGGUUGGAAUGAAAUUGGUAAAUUAGGAAACUUGAAAGUGCUUGUAAUCAGAAAGGUUAAUCUUGAUCCUAAAAAACUUGAGAAAUUAGAGAGACUGUUUGGUAGUUUAGACACCCUUGAUUUGAGAGAAAAUCCCAAAUUGAACAACAAGUUAAAAGAAAUAAAGCAAAACUACCCGUUGCUAAGUUUGGGUGGAGACUAAGUUGAUAUGCAUAAAGAUCAGCCUAAUGUGUAGCUGUUUUCAUUAUUCAUUACAAAAUCUGCGCUAUAUUUUGGUAAACCACCAGCGGAUUUAUCACAUUUAGAAAUUUGGUACGACUUCCGGUUUCAGCUUUUAGGGCAUCACCAGGAAAUCUUUAACAAAGACUAUUGUCUAUCUUCACGCCACUCUUUUAGUUUCUAUUUAGUUUAUGUAAUUUUUUUUGUGUAUAUGUUUCAUUUCUUGUUUUUUUAAGUUUUGUUACAAUAAAGUUGUACAUGUGUUUUAUAAGUGUCGGUUGUACAUGUGUUUUAUAAGUGUCAGUUGUACAUGUCUUUUAUAAGUGUCGGUUGUACAUGUGUUUUAUAAGUGUCAGUUGUACAUGUGUUUUAUAAGUGUCGGUUGUACAUGUGUUUUAUAAGUGUCAGUUGUACAUGUCUUUUAUAAGUGUCGGUUGUACACGUGUUUUAUAAGUGUCGGUGGUACAUUUCUUUUAUAAGUGUCGGUUGUACAUUUCUUUUAUAAGUGUCGGUUGUACAUUUCUUUUAUAAGUGUCGGUUGUACACGUGUUUUAUAAGUGUCGGUUGUACAUGUGUUUUAUAAGUGUCAGUUGUACAUGUGUUUUAUAAGUGUCGGUUGUACAUGUGUUUUAUAAGUGUCAGUUGUACAUGUCUUUUAUAAGUGUCGGUUGUACACGUGUUUUAUAAGUGUCGGUGGUACAUUUCUUUUAUAAGUGUCGGUUGUACACGUGUUUUAUAAGUGUCGGUUGUACAUGUCUUUUAUAAGUGUCGGUUGUACAUGUCUUUUAUAAGUGUCGGUUGUACAUGUCUUUUAUAAGUGUCGGUUGUACAUCUUUUUUUAAGUGUCGGUUGUACAUGUCUUUUAUAAGUGUCGGUUGUACACGUGAUUUAUAAGUGUCGGUUGUACACGUGUUUUAUAAGUGUCGGUUGUACACGUGUUUUAUAAGUGUCGGUUGUACACGUGUUUUAUAAGUGUCGGUUGUACACGUGUUUUAUAAGUGUCGGUUGUACAUGUCUUUUAUAAGUGUCGGUUGUACAUGUAUUCCUCACCAUUGCAACCAACCUAGUUGGAUUUUAGCAAAAUUCAUUUUAGAAGGAACAUACACCAAUGUUUAAACAGCGGUAGUAGUUCACUAUGACAAUUUGUGUGUGUUUUGAGUUCACUACUCAUGAGCACGAUACAAGAGAAUAGGGUAAGGUUGACAAUGCCAGUACUUUGUCAGUAAAAAAUGAGGUGUUGAGCAACCAGGCGCAACUUGAGUCUCCUUAGAAACCUUAGACCUGACCUAAAAAAUAGGAUGCUUAUAAAUUGUAUAAUAUGUUUAGUAUUUUAGCUAUCAAUAUCUUUUUCUUAUGAGGGCUUUUGAGACUUGUUGGAAUAAAAAUAUUGUAUUUUCUUUUCUUUUUUUAAUUUUACCGAAAAUUCUUCUCAAUGUGGAUAUGGGAGGCUUCCAAUAAGGGUGGGUGGGUGGAUUUUUUUAAAUGUUUUAAAAUAGUUGUAGGAAGGUGUUAAUAAAUUGAAAUGGGUAGUAAAAUUGCCAGGAGUAUAUAUAUGUUAGUAUUUUGAGCUAAGGUGGGUUAUAUUUUACAGAAAUGUAUAUGUAAAGAGCUAUAUGUAAAUUGUUACAGAGUUUCACUACAAAAUGUAUGAAAAUGUACCCAAAAAGACAGCUUCUGAUUGUAUGCGAGGAAACGAUAAUUACAAGCUCGUGAGCUUGUAUUAAAACGCAAAUGUGUCCUACAAGAAUGGAAAUUUUUGCCUCUCUGAGCACCGACACGGGAGUCGUCGUGUGUUCGAAUCUCAUCUUGGUAACUAUUUUUACUUUUUUUUUCUUUUUUCUUUUUUAAAAAGAUAAGACAAGUGUUCAAAACACUUGUUUAACUAACUAGUAAAUAAAGGUGUUUCCACCAAACUUUUUAAAAGUGAAUGUAGGCAGAAUUAACAGAAUUAAUGAAUUUCGCAAAUUUUGGGGUUUGUGGGUUUGUGGUCUUUCUUCUUCCUGUCAGUCGGUUCACCCAAGACGGACCCAUCGAAAAUUAAAAGUUCGAGGAAUUUUCCGUUCAGGAAGGUCUCACAAAUCAAUUUUGAAAAAUAAGUGUGUAACAAAUAUUAUUGCGUAUCUGAAUAGUAAAAUAUGUCGUGUCUAACUUCGUAACAACAAUCCCAAUUUGAUAGACAGCUUUUUGUAAACUUUAUUCGCGAGGUUGUUUGCGUAUAUCAUACGUCUUGUUGCAUUUACAGAGAAUUUGAAUUAAAUUAUGUAAAGGUUAUAAUGUAGAACUUUUAAAAUGUUCAGAUUUUCGGCUGAAGAAAUUAAUGUAGAAAGCCCCUAAGACCUUUAGCAAAUAUAUCUUUUGCCUGUAUUGCCCCUGUGAUGACUACAGCACGGCUAACAUUGUGACAGAGCGGUGAUCAUAAUUUUACAUUUUUGUUAUAACUUGUCCAAUUCCAAUAGCUUGAAUUAUAGUUGAGCAUUUUGUCCUUCUUAUGCUUUAACCCAGUAUGUAUAUUAGUUUUGCUAAUAAUAUGUGUAAAUAAUAGUAUUGUAUUUUUUAAUGAUUUUAUUGACAAUGUUAGGAUUUAAUAGUUUUUACCACGAGAAUAGGUUUUUUUUUGCUUAUUUAAAUAUUAUGCUCAAAACUUUACAAUAGGCUAUCUUAUAUCAAUACCUGUAUUUGUCUCUAUGUCUGUUUUGCGAAUGCAGGGCCGUGUGACAGGACGCACGGAAAAUUCACGAACUAUAUAGCAGAUGCGAUAUUUUUUACCUACUUUGUUACGACUUACGAAUUCCCGUAGAUUUUUCCACUGUCAAACGACUACAAUCUUGUUCGAUAUAUUGGAAAACUGUCAAAUUUUAAAUAUGGUACUUGCAGGCUUACGCUUUUUUCAUAUUAGACACACACACACACUUUGUACUUGUCAAUGUUCAAAAGUGGACAUUGGACUGGGUUAUUUGGUUAGUUCUAACAUCCUAAAUCGAUGAAAAAUUCGUCCUUUAAAAGUGACGAAAUUUUUUGGAUUGACGAAAAUUUUGACUGACGAAAAUUUUUCAAAGUGGACAAACAACCUUAUCACAGGCACCUGCCUGUACUUUCCUGGUUAAAAAGUCAGAGAAAAUGGACAACCAACCCAUUCUCCUCCCCAGAGCUCUUACUUUCGAUUUUAUCUCAAAGAGCUCUGGGGGCGAGAAUGCAACCAACCUUAACACGGGCACGGACUUUAACGCCUGCCCGUAUUCCCCCAGUUAACAAGUCAGAGCAAAUGGACAACCUUAUCACAGGCACUUUUUAACACCUGUCCGUAUUCCCCCAGUUAAAAAGUCAGAGAAAGUCACUUUUAAAUAUAC